GCUGGGAUGCAGCCGGCCCUGGGGGCCCUGCUGCCCACCCCGGCCCCGGAGGUGCUGGAGCGGGUGCUGAGGCAGCUCCAUGGCCCCUUGCCCUGCUCUGCCUCCAUCGCCCGCCUGCGGAAGGGGCCGGCCGGGGGGUACGAGCCCAUCGGGAAUGCCGGGGAUGCGCUGGAGAGGAGGCAGUUGGCCAAUGCCAAGGAGAGGGAGAGGAUCAGGAACAUCAACAGCGGCUUCUCCAAGCUCAAGGCCUUGGUGCCCCUGGUCCCCCGCGACCACAAGCCCAGCAAAGUGGACACCCUGAAGGCAGCCACUGAGUACAUCCGGCUGCUGCGGCUGGUGCUGGAGGAAACGGGGGGGGUCAAGAGACCCACGGGGGACCUGGACCUGGUCUGA